AUGGUGAUAGAUAACAGCCACAAUAAGUCAGGAUUCAAAAAGGCAGUUCCUCUGACACUUGGCAUUUACAGUAAUGCCAAUUUGCAGAAGGGUUUAAAGGCAGUGGUCUGCAUCGUGCCGCUGCCAUUUGACAGCUCUGCACCUCCUCCAUCUCUGCGCCUUCUCCAGCUGCCAGCAGCAUGCGUGGCUAGUGUUUGGAUUGAGAUUUCCAAGAGAACUUGGGGUCCAAUUGCUGAUUUGGAGCCCGGGCAGUUUCCACAGUCCAGCUUUGCAUAUUUAUUACAUGCGACCCACUAUUCCAGAAAUCGGAGCAGCGCGAAGGUCCGUGCCACCAUAAUCAGCGCGAAGGUCUGUGCCACCAUAAUCAGCGCAAAGGUCCGUGCCACCAUAAGCAGCACUCAGCCUCUCUCCAGGCCGGGCGCAAGCGUCCUGCUAGGCCCGAUAAACGGGAUCCGAAGGGUGUUCCGCCCUCGCGACGCGUCCGGUGCUUCCAGGCUGCGGCUCGGCCUCGUAACUGUUCCCAGGGAAGAAAGGAGGGAAUUGUUUUUUCAAGACAUCGAACGCGGCGAUAUCGUGAUCGGGAGGAUUACCUCUAUUCGUGAAUUCGGCUUUUUCAUGGUGUUGAUUUGUCUGGGAAGUGGCAUCAUACGGGAGAUUUCGGAUUUAGAAAUCACUGCCCUUUGUCCCUUGAGGGAUGUGCCUGCUCAAAGUAACCACGGGGAUCCUUUGUCUUAUUAUCAAACCGGAGACCUUAUUCGAGCUGCAAUCAAGGACGUCGAUCGUUACCAUGAGAAGCUGACGGUGUCGCUUUACAGCUCGGCUCUUCCACCCAAUCUUUCCAGCACAAAGCUGGGCGUUAUUACUUCCGAUGACUUCCCGUUACAUUAUAGGCGAAGCUUGGAAGUUGCUAAUACGGGAGAGACGUUCGAAGAGGUCUUGCACCGUUCCCCGGGAUUCGCUAAUCCAUCCUUAGUUGAAUAUUUAGCAGAAAAACUAGGACUAAGUGAAUCAAAUCCACCGUCUUUGAUGAGAAGUCUUCAAAUGAAAAAUUUCAGUGAAGAAGAUUUUGCCCCUGCGUUGAGGAAAAAGCAGUCUGCGUCUUGGGCCCUGAAGUGUGUGAAGGCUGGGGUUGAUUUUUUCAAGGUUGGGCGCCACGUGGAAGCCAUGAAUGAGUACAACAAGGCUUUGGAAAUCGAUCCACAAAACGUUGAAGCUUUGGUAGCACGUGGAGCUCUGUAUGCCACAAAAGGAAGCCUGAACAAAGCCAUAGGUGACUUUGAAAUUGCGUUAGAAAACUGUCCCAGCCACAGAAACGCAAGGAAGUAUCUCUGUCAGACGCUCGUGGAACGCGGCGGGCAGUUGGAAGAGGAAGACAAACUGCUAAAUGCUGAGAGUUACUAUAAAAAAGCCUUAAGUUUGGAUGAGACUUUUCAGGAAGCAGAAGAGGCCUUAACGAAGCUCCGUAAGCAUAUGCAGAAAUCUUUGGAAAUGAGGGAGAAACAAGCUGCCAAAGAAGAGAGACAGAAAGAAAAGAAAGUAGAAACAAGUGCAGAAAAAUUGCGUAAGCUCUUAAAAGAAGAAAAAAGGUUGAAGAAGAAAAGAAAAGUAUCGACUUCCUCCUCCUCUUCCUCCUCCUCCUCCUCAAGUGAUUCCUCAUCAGAUGGAUCAGUUUCUUCUUCCUCCUCUUCCUCUGAUCACAAGAAACACAGGAAAAAGCGUCGGAAUAGAUCCGAGUCUGCCCACAGUUCCAAAAAAUGCUCAUCUAGAGCUUCUUCCCAUUAUAAAGAUCAGAUGAGGCAAGAGGAGUGGUAUUCGCCUCCGGCCGAUACCUCCGCUUCCUUUCUUAACCAAAAUUUUGAAGUGGAAAAACUGCUGGAAAGGCAGGAGAGCUUAGGGUGUCCAAAAGCAGAAGUCAGGGAGAAAGAGAGACCCUGGUCUUUUUCGAGGACUUCAGGUGAUGAUGAAGACACGGGUGGAGGUAGGUCUGAAGACUCAAGAGAUUCUUACAGUAGCUCCAGAACUCUGCCAGGUACUAGCAAACACGAAAAAUACGGUAAAGCCGAUGACAGAUUUUUCUCCAGUCGCAGGGGUUUUUCAGGGUCAUAUCGUAAGUCAGAUGGUAAACCCAGGAUGCAUUAUUUUAGGAAAUUCGAGAGGGAGGUAGAGGGGAGAAGGGAACAGUUUAAAAAGUACAGCUCCGGUCAGGAGAGGUAUUACUACACAUCGCCAGCAGGGUCUGACUAUUCUGGCAAGUCGGGGGGCAAAUACCGAUCGUAUUCCAGCACCUGCUGGCGUGACAGUGACAGGAGCUACGAGAGCGAGCGGCGUGCCUUAAGUCCCCAUAAAAAUGAAAGCGAGAGCAGGAGUAGGAAACAAAGUUGUGAGGAGCCUCAUAGCACAAAGGAACCGGAGGAGGACACGUCUUUAAAUGGUACGGCACAAACGGAGAGUGGCACUAAGAGAAACCUGCCCCAGAGCUUGGUUACCAUCUUCAAUCAGAUAGCCGAGUUCGAGCGGGAGAGGGGCAGCAAGCAGAGGAAGGAGGAAGGUGGGGAAGGGCCGCGGCUGGCCGAGCGCAGUUAAAUGGACUCGGAGCCGAGGAAAUGCACGUGAAGGGCGACAGAGGGGCAGAAUUUGUUCUGCCUUGCAGAAUGUCAAGGAAUUCUUAAAGGCUGGGUGGUGGCAAGACGCAAGGCUAUCUCACAUAAAGUAUCUGUUAUUAAAGUAUCAGUUAGUUAGUAUUUAAAAAAAAUCUAAGUUUCCUGUGCUCUUAACUUGGGGUGUUCUGUACACUAUUCGCUGUCUGAUGGGUUGAAACCCCCAAUACCCCGGGCUGUAGUUAGUUGUGGAACUCACAUCAAAUAAGCACUUUAACAACAGGCGUUUGGGUGGUGUGAUUUGUUUAGGUUUGGGUUUUGGGUUUGUUUUUUUUCUUCUCCCCCUCCCCCCAUCCCUGGGGACCUGUUGACUGUUAUUUUUGUAUCAGACUUAACUUCCAGCUACAGAAAGGGGAUAACAGCACGGAAGUCGUGUGCCAUCCAUGUAUAUAGCCCAUUUCAUCAUUAAAUUUUCUUAAUUUUUUUCUUAAGUUUGUGGCUUGAGCUCUGUUAAUGGCGCUGGGCCC